CAAUGCCAAGCUACGACCCUCUAUCAAUCUUCACAAUGUCAAGAUACGACCCUCUAUCAAUCUUCACAAUGUCAAGCUACGACCUUCUAUCAAUCUUCACAAUAUCAAGCUUCGACACUCUAUCAAUCUUCACAAUGCCAAGCUACGACCCUCUAUCAAUCUUCACAAUAUCAAGCUACGACCCUCUAUCAACCUUCACAAUGUCAAGCUACGACCCUCUAUCAAUCUUCACAAUGUCAAGCUACGACCCUCUAUCAAUCUUCACAAUGUCAAGCUACGACCCUCUAUCAAUCUUCACAAUAUCAAGCUACUACCCUCUAUCAAUCUUCAAAAUGUCAAGCUACAACCCUCUAUCAAUCUUCACAAUGUCAAGCUACGACCCUCUAUCAAUCUUCACAAUAUCAAGCUACGACACUCUAUCAAUCUUCACAAUGUUAA